AUGCUGCUGCAACCCACAACCUCAAAACCUCCUCUGAAUCUGCGCAACAAUGGGCAGAACAACAACGUGCCCAUUUCAUCAAAUUUCUCUUAUUCAGUCUCUAUUCCAUCUGGGUUGUGCAAUUCAGCCGGUGUUAAACCCAUUAGGACCAAUAAAGAUGUAGUCUUUACAUGCCGAAUCUCUCACACACAGGUGCAUAGUUAUGGGACAGUUGAUUUCGAGAAAAGGCCCGGGGCGAAAUGGAGCAUUGUCUACAAGAGGAUACUUAAUUUGGAGGAUCCGAAUAAGGGCUCCGCUGCUGUGUUGAAUCAGUGGGAAAUUGAUGGGAAUCGGUUGUCCAAGUGGGACCUUUCUAGAGUUAUUAAGGAGCUCAGAAAAUUCAAGCGUUUCAAGCUUGCCCUUGAGGUCUAUGAGUGGAUGAACAACAGGUCAGAGAGGUAUAGAGUAACCACCAGUGACACUGCUAUCCAGCUGGACCUCAUCGCGAAGGUACGUGGUAUUUCAAGUGCCGAAGAAUACUUCCAGAAGUUGCCAGAUUCCCUAAAGGAUAAACGCGUGUAUGGUGCCCUUUUGAAUGCUUAUGUGCAUGCUAAAAAGAGGGAAGAAGCUGAAUCCUUGAUGGAUGAAUUGAGGAUUAGAGGUUACGCUUCCAUGUCACUGCCCUAUAAUGUUAUAAUGACGCUCUAUCUGAAUUUUAAAGAGUAUGAGAAGGUUGAAUUAAUGAUUUCGGAAAUGAUGGAGAAAAAUAUAAAAUUGGACAUAUACUCCUAUAAUAUUUGGAUGUCGUCAUGUGGCGCCCAAGGAUCUGUAGAGAAAAUGGAACAGGUCUUGGAAAAAAUGAAGCUGGACACAACCAUCAUUCCCAACUGGACAACAUACAGCACGAUGGCUACAGUGUACAUUAGGCUUGGGGAGAUGGAAAAGGCUUUCGGUGCUCUGAAGAAUGUUGAGGGCAGACUUACUGGCAGGGAUCGCAUUCCUUAUCAUUAUUUGAUGAGUCUUUACGGUACGCUAGGGAAAAAGGAGGAAGUAUAUCGCGUCUGGAAUGUAUACAAAUCCCUCUUUUCCAGAAUACCGAAUUUGGGUUACCAUUCUUUGAUUUCUUCUCUUGUUAGGUUGGGUGAUAUUGAAGGUGCUGAAAAUAUUUAUAAAGAAUGGCUUUCGGUUAAGACAAUGUUUGAUCCUAGAAUAGGGAAUCUUCUAUUGGGGUUCUAUGUUAGGAAUGACUUUCCAGAUAAGGCUAAAGCAUUUUUUGAUGAAAUGAUUGAGGUUGGAGGAAAAGCAAAUCCAACGACAUGGGAGAUUCUGGCAGAAGACCAUAUCAGGGCUAAGAGAAUAUCUGAGGCUUUGUCUUGCAUAAAAAAGGCUGUCUCAGCUGAAGGAUCAAGGAGCUGGCGACCUAGAAUUGAAAAUGUUUCCUCCAUUCUUAUGCAUUGUGAGAAAGAAGAUGACAUGGCAAGCAAGGAAGUUUUAUUGGGGAUAUUGAAACAAGUGGGUUGCCUCGAUGAUGAAAUUUACAUGUCAUAUGUCUUCAACAGAACACUUACUGGGGUUGAACCAACACUUGAGAGGGACCAAAGUGGCGAUGAUGAUGAAUCUGAAAUGCUUCUCAAACAGCUUCAGGGAAGCUUGUGA